ACUGGUCGGUUGAAGGCGCAGAAAUCGAAAAGUGCAAAGUGUAAUGUGUCAAGUGUUAAUAAAUAAAAUAUAAAAGAAAAGUUAUUUGCAAAUUAAUGCAAAGCAAAAAGGAAAUGCAUAUACAUACCAUACAUAGCAACGGUUCGGCUCGCUAAUGGGAAAGUGAAAUCGAUGUGUGUGUGCGAGCGCAAAGUCGGCGGAAAGAAAAUAUAUUUCGUAGUGUGAACAAGGAAAUGUACAAUGAAAAAAAUAGGAAUUCGUUUGCUUUGAAUGAAAAAACAUUUAAUUGUGAUGAGAAAAACACUCUUAAACUAACUGAAUAACUAACUAACUAAUAUGUUUAAGCAUUAAAAUCGUUUACCUUGAAUACAAUUUUCAAAGCUUUAUGAACACAUAAAACCACCAAAAAUGCUACCAAUACAUGCGCAUGAAAAUCUGCAACGUUUGCGGCAUAAACCCAUCUGGGUACUUUUUCUGUUGAUUUUCUUGGUCAUUGUUUUGGAUAAGACAGCAACAGCGACUACCGAAAAUGAACAAACAACAACACCAGAACCAGAUGCUUCACCUGGCUGCAAGGCGCCUGACAUUCGCUUCACUGUCAUACGACCGGAAACCACCACUGAGCAGCCGUAUGCAAAAUUCGAGACAACUCAGAUAUAUUUGCCCGAGGACUUUACCACGUCCGAUGCAGAGUUUGUUGAAAGGAUUAACAUAGAUCUGACCGCCCGUCAGCCUGGCGUCAACGACAAUAAGAUGAGCGCUAUCGUUAAUCCCUACCAAGUCGAUCUGGAUGACCAGCACGGCCUGGCAGGGGUGCACGGUGCUGACGACACACUCGCCGCCAUCGACGACGAGGAGGACGAGGCGGCCGACUCCGAAGAUGGUACACGCAAACGCAACCAGAACCGCAAACUGAAUAAGAAACGUCGUUCCGGCACAGGACGUCGUCGCCGUAUUGAAAAUGAUAAUGGACAAACACGCGGCCGUGGCAGCCGUUACAAGCGCCAGGUGAUCCAUCACGAUCCGGACGCAUCAUCAGACACCGACAAGUGGGGAGGCAGUAAGUUAGCCGCCGAGGGUGAUGUUUACUAUGUACACAUCGAUGACAUACUCGAAUCGGGUACACCCAAUGCUGAGCUCCGAUUAAAACUGCAUAAGUUGAAGCGCAAAAAUAAAGCCAAGAAUUCCACUUGUACCGACAAUGGCAGCAAGGAGCAGUGCAAACAGGAAUUGGCGAAGAAGAAGAAGAAAAAAGCAAACGUCGCAGAUGUAACUAAACAGAUUGGGGAGGAGAAGCAGGCGCGAAACAAAGAAUCGAACGUAAAACAACAUCAUCGAAGACGCGGCGACAGUCAUGAGGACAAGCGUGGUGAGCAGCGUAUGCUGAAGGAAAAUGCAAAUCUCAAUCUAAAUUCACGAUAUCGACGCGCUACCAUCGGUGAAUCGAAGCUAAUGGCCGAUAUGGCUGCGAGGGGUUCAGGCAACUACAAUGAUUUGGAAGCAAAUGUGAAUGCGGCGGAGAAUAGCGACUUGGAAGCGACACAAAUUGGGCGCGGCAAUAGCAAUAACAAAAACAUAACCAAUAAUUACAUUAAAAUGAGUGAUGAGCAGCUGCCGGGCGAUGGCGAUGUGCCGGCGGUGUAUGGCAAUGAGACGGGCGCAGAGGCGCUGCAGCGCGUCAAACGCAAGUCCGGCAAGACAACCGGCGCAUUGAGUCGUCCCAAGGGCGGCGGAGAUUCCAGCUCGAAGACGACAAGUCGCAAGGAUAAGGGCAUUUACGACGAAGAAGGUGGCUAUUCACCUGUACAUCCUGACGAAACAGACGAGGAUGAGGAGGAGGAUGAAGAGGAGGAAGUUGAUAUACAGCAACAAUUCACUGAAGUCUCCGAAAUACGUUUCCCUGGCGAAAUUGGGCCAUUGGGCGAUAGAAGAUUGUGCAAAAUACGCUGUGUCAAGGGGAAAUGGGUGGGACCGUUGUGCGCCACCAAUGAGGAGGAUGAUAAUGGAAAUGUGAAAUUUCAGCCCCUAUACAAGAGUUGCCAUGUAAAUCGAAUUCCACCGCAUUUACUAUUGAGCUAUCGAAAUAUUUCAGUGACCCCGAUACCGUCCAUAAGAGGGUCACGUCGCAAUCGAACUUCCAAAUCGACUUUUAUUUCCAAUACACAAAUUAAUGUCGGCUGGGACUUGCCACAUGGACACUCAUUGCAGGCACGCUGCAAAGAUCUAGGCAUGUACAAGCUGCUUGGCGAGUCUCGCGUGCUUUGCUCGAACGGCUUAUGGGCACCGCGUAUGCCCUCUUGUGUGCCCACCACCUUACUGACCAAUUUCUCCGACGAUAGCGCGCCCUCCAUUCGCAUCAAAGUAUUUAAUGGCUCCGGUGCGUUUGAGCCAUCAGGCGUUUUGGCAGUAUUGCCGCAGAGCUCAAUUCUUCUCGAUUGCAUGUAUCCACGCGUGCGUGGUAUACCUGAGUGGACAUGGACUAGCUGGUACAUGCAAUAUCCAACAGGUUGGUCACACGAGGAUAAAAAUCUACGUUACCGUUUGACAAUCAAGGACAUACAAAACAGUGAUUCGGGCACGUUUACGUGCACUUCCCCACGCGGCCUGACCAAUAGCAUUGCAAUCGUUGUGGCCACCUCGACAUGUCCGCAGCUACCAGAACCGGUGUCGCCGCUCACGCUACGCUUGGAGGGUAAUAAACUCGGACAGCGCGCCAUGUACCGCUGCCCUCCAGGUUAUCGCAUCGAUGGUGUUGCGAAUGCAACCUGCUUAGCCUCGGGUAAUUGGUCAUCGCCGCCGCCCACUUGUCAGGCUGUGCAGUGUCCCCGUUUGGCGUUGGACGAUCCGCAUUUGAGUUUGGUGGAGCUGAAUACGUCGGCGUGGGGGCGGGCGAUGUUCAAAUGCCAGUGGGGCUUCAAGCUGACCGGCCCGCCGAGACUGGACUGUGAGCCGACGGGCGUGUGGAGUGGCCCAGUACCGCGUUGCAAAGCCAUCCAAUGUUCGACGCCGGUGGCGCCGCUAAAUGGACGCAUCGGCGGUACCAAUUUAAAUCAGCGCCGUCUCACUGUGGGCGCAUUGGUCACAUUCAGCUGCAACGAGGGGCAUACGCUUGUGGGCGAACCAAGCAUCAUUUGCACAGAGACUGGACUCUGGUCGCAUCCGCCACCAUAUUGCAAAUCACAAUGCCCCUACCCCGGCGAUCCACCAAAUGGUUUAAUAGCCCCACUGAAAUUCAAUUACGAUUCUGGUGAUUACCUGAGUGUCCAGUGUCGGCCUGGUUUUGUGCAGUACAGCGAGAAUGGCCCACCAGAACGUCCGAAAUGUCAACCGGAUGGAAAUUGGUCCGGUCCGGUGCCCAAGUGUCGCAGCUAUGAGGAAGUGUAGCUAAUCAAAAUGGCGGACAUGAUGAUGCCGGAAUCAUCUGAUGAGUCCAUACAACUACAACACGACUAGAAACAAGCACAGCUACGGUAUUAGCAGCAUAAACUUAAUGCAGAGUUACGACAGAGAGAGAGAGAGGGAGCGACAGUCACAACAACAGCAACAAUAAACGAAUUUGAUCAUAAAAUCAAAGAGCUGAAUGAAAAUAGAAACAAAAAUAAAAAUGUUGAUGAACAAAAACAAACAACAGCGCACACAAGCACAUACAUCGUAUUAUGUAGUAGUAGUGUACGUUAAGGAGAAUGGUUGGGGUACAAAUACGAUGCACCACACACCCACACACAUACAAGAUAUACUUACAGCUACACAUGCACUUAUACACAUGCAUAUACACUAACCUAUUCAAAUACAUUAAAAGCCUAAAAAUAUAUAUUUCUCCUGCAGGAAAUUAAAUUAAUGAAAGUCUAUUUAAAAAAAAAACAAGGAUUUAUUCAUACAAAAAUUAAAUUAAAAUUAAAAUUCUUAACUAAUGAGGAUUUCUAGCUCUGGCAGCGCAGGAAUUAAGUCGAAGUAACGUUAAAAAUUCGGUGGUUUUUUUGUUAAUUGAUGAUGUUUUGUUUUUUUUUUUUAUGAAAAUAUCAAAUUUCGAAAAAUAUGUAAGAUUUUUGGCACACGUUGGUGCAUUUCUUUUAUCAAAGAAACGAGCUUUCAUUACAAAUUGGAUUGAUUUUUUUUUUAAUUUGUAAACUUUGGUAAAAGUUCGGUCAGUUUCAGGCUUCGGUUAUAAAUUCGAUUGAAUUUUUUUUUUUAGUUUUUAUGAACUGCCGCAGUUUCGGCAAAAUGUAUAACUUUUAGCACAAAUUCUGAUUUUUUUCAUAUUAAAGUGACAAACUUUCGUUACAGAUUCGGUUGAGUCCUUUCAAACUUCUCAUAAAUGUUUGAUUUUUUAAAGUAUUUAUCACUUUUAGCAUAAAUUCGGCAUAUUUUUUAUUAAUGUUACGAUCUUCCUUUACAGAUUCGGUUGAGUCUUUUCGAAUUUCUCAUAAAUGCCUGAUUUUUUAAAUUAUCGAUCACUUUUAGCAUAAAUUCGGCAUAUUUUUUUAUAUUAAAAUAACGAACUUUCGUGACAGAUUUGGUUCAGUUCUUUCGAAAUUCUAAUAAAUGUCUGAUUUUUUUUAAUUAUCGAUCACUUUUAGCAUAAAUUCGGAUAUUUUUUUCUAUUAAAGUAACGAACUUCCUUUACAGAUUCGGUUGAGUCUUUUCGAAUUUCUCAUAAAUGCCUAAGUUUUUAAAUUAUCAAUCACUUUUAGCACAAAUUUCGAACUUUCGUUACUAACUCGAUCGAAUUUUUCUCGAAUUUGUGAAUUCAUAUCUGACUUUUCACAAAACCUUUCAAUUUUGCUACAAAUUCUUCAAUUGUGCGAGGUUUCAUCAUCAAAUUUGACUGCUAUUUUAUGGAAUUCGAUAAAAAAUGUUUUCGAACUUUCACUGACACGAAUUUUCGUUACGGCUUUCAUCAAUUACAUUGUUAAAUUUCAAAAUUUCGGUUAAAUGCGCAUUUUUGCGGCAUCUUAAAAAUUUCGAAGCGUAUUUUUCCUAGUUGCUGUCCAAACGUCUAAGAGGCUGGUUUUAAAAAUCAGUAGAAAAUUUAUAUUUUUUGCAAUUACUUUAUAUCAGCUGGCUAAAAAAUCUUAAAUUACCGAUUCUGAACCUUACUUCUUUCCUGCAGGGGAGGAAAAAUUGUUGAAAAAAAAUCCUGACAAAGAAAAAGAAAAUUAUCGAAUUGUAAAAAGUUAUACUUAUAUGUAAGAAUUGAACACGACUAGCUUCUGUAAGUCAAGUAUUUGUGUCGUAUGACCAAUUAAAAGCAAUUAAAUUUCAGUGCGCGUGUUAACUGAAUCAAAUUAAAUCAAAUCUUUCAUGUCUGUAUGUAUGUAUAUUAAAUUGCACUGAAACGCACAGGGCAGCAAAUUACGAUGAGGGCGAGGGAAUUAAUGUUAAAUCUAGCAGAAAAACGAUUUAAUGCUCCAUUAUAAAAAGAAUCCAAUAUUUACUAAAAUAAGCGUUGUUGAAAUUGCAAAGAAAAAAAUUUAAGUGAAAAUAAAAAAUAAAAUAAAUGCAAAAAUAUAAAUAACAAAACCGAUUAAUUGAUAUAUUUACAACUUAUUGAAUCGCAAAAAAAACAGAUAAGAACAAAUAUUUGCAAAAAUAAUAGUUUGAGAAUAGAAUUAUAGUACUCGUAGCUACAUGGGCGCGCGUGUAUAAUAAAUAUACUUAUAGCAGGUAGUGUAAUAUCUGUGCUGCGCUGCCAGCUUUCUUAUAAUCGCAUA